AUGGCGAGGAUCAAGCGCUCGGGCAACCGCCUCAGUAUAGGAUCAUGGAGCAUGCCUUUUGCGCCUAGCGAUGUCUUCAGCAAGAGAGCGAGUCGCAACUUGACAGCCUCGCUGCCAAAAGAUCCCGGGAACGAUACUGCGAGCGAGAGAUCUACUGCAAAGCGAACGGGACCUGAAGCUGCGGACAGAACACUUGCUGCGAAGCCGAUGACGAAUGGGCCUGAGAUAAAAACAACGAACCAAGCAGGUAAUGCGAAGCCGAUCGUGGGGAAGCUUGAGACCGAAACAGCGGGCAGAAGAUCUAUGGCAAAGCCAACGACGAACAGCUUGGUGCAAUUGGCGGCGGUUAUUACCAGGGAAACGGAGAAGUUAGAUCGGUAUAUCAGGGAGAGUGGUGCGCCGGCUCCGAGCUUUGAUAUUGAUGGCCCGUUGGACUUUCCCAAAUUGCCGGAUGAGAUCAAGGCUGCGCGGGAGGAGGUCGUUAGGGCUACGAAGGAGUUGGGAGACCUUGUAACGGGACCGAAAGAAGGAGUUAGAUGGUUGGCUUGGGGUCAUAAUAACUCGCUUUCUCUUCAUGGUAUCUAUCAUUACCGCAUUGCUAAAUCUUUCCCGGUCGGUGAAACUGCUUCUUAUGCUCAGAUCGCUGAGAAAGUGGGACUGGACGAGGGCAAUGUCCGGCGGUUUAUUCGUCAUGCUAUGACCAAUCGCAUCUUUUGGGAGGUCGAUCCUGAUACUGUAGCUCAUACUGCUGCAAGUAGGGUUCUGGCCGAGGAUGUAGCCAUGGAUGAUUGGGUUGGAUUCUGCGUAGAGGACAUGUUCCCAGCAACAUCCCAAACAGUCAGCGCCCUGAAAUCUCACCCCUCAGCCGACGAGCCAACCCGAACCGGGUUCUGCGUCGCCAACAACACCGCAGACAUCGAGCCCAUGUUCGCGACUUUCAGCCAGUCCCCCGCACGCGCAAAACGCUUCGGCGGCGCCAUGGCCUCUCUAACCGGCGGCGUCGGCUACGAACUCUCCCACCUACUCUCCAUGUACCCAUGGGCGGCGCUGCCACGCACCGCCACCAUCGUCGACAUGGGCGGCUCACACGGCUUCGUAUGCAUCGAGCUCGCAAAGCACAACCCAGAGAUGAGAUUCAUCGUGCAAGACCUGCCAAAAAUGAUCGCCUCGGCACCGGCGCCUGCAGAGCUCGAUGCGCAUGUCAGGGAUAGGGUGACGUUCCAAGCGCAUGAUUUCUUUACCGAGCAGCCUGUCAAGGGCGCGGAUGUCUACCUGUUCCGCUGGAUCUUGCACAAUCAUAGCGAUAAGUAUAGUGUGAAGAUGCUGCGGGCGUUGAUCCCGGCGCUGAAGAAGGGCGCGAGGGUCGUGAUUAACGAUCAUGUGUUGAGGGAGGGCUUUGACUGGGAGACGUUGUGGGACGAGAAGAUUAUCCGGACGAUGGAUUUGGUGAUGCUGACGCUGCUGAAUGCCAAGGAGCGGGAUGAGGCGGGGUUCAGGACGUUGUUUGGGCUGGUUGAUAGUAGGUUCCGGUUUGUGGGCGUUAGGAGGGAGGAGGGGUGUCGGAUGGGUGUUGUGGAGGCUGUUUGGGAAGGCGAGGAUUUUGGUGGCUCAGUGUAG